AUGCCUGGCCUCAUAACAGAUAUGCCUCCAUCGUUUCCGGAGGACAUUGCAACCCACCCGCUGUUGGUGAUUGAUUAUGCUCUCAUCCAGGCAGGUGAUGCAGGAGAGAAGGACAGGUUUACUUCGAGACUGAGACUACAUCGCAGCCUAAAGAAUCACGGCGCAGAGACGGAAGUCGACGCACUAUUCCAGCUCGGCAAAGAGUUCAUGGAGCUGCCUCUGGAACAGAAAAUGGAAUACGAAGAGGGCGACGACGGGAUGCAGUUCGGGUACAAAGCCGCAGGGCACCACACCGCCGACGAGCGCGGGACACUCGACGCAACCGAGUUUUUGGACGUCGCGAAGGACGACGUGCUUGCGUUCCCGACGCCCGUGCACCGGACCUACCCCGCGCUUGUCGCCGCUGCGUUCCCUACCGUCCUUGUGCCGUUCGUGCACAAGUCGCUUGCCGUCAAUGCUGCACUUCUCGCUGUUCUCGGGGAAAAGCUCGGGCUCCCGGACGGCACGAUGGAGCGUCUUCAUAUCCCGGAGGAACGCAGCGGCUGCGUGGCACGUGUGAUCAAGACACCGCCGCAGGUGGGUGCGGCGCAGGUGCUUGAGGACCAGGCCCUGCUGGGUGCGCACACGGACUUCGGAUCGCUGUCGUUCCUCCACAAUCGCCUAGGCGGACUACAGGUACUCGCGCCGGCGACAGAGAAGUGGCAGUAUGUUAGGCCACUGCCAGGACAUGCGAUCUGCAACGUCGGCGAUGCUCUCAACAUCUUUAGCGGUGGGCUGAUUCGCUCGAACAUGCAUCGUGUAGUUGCGCCCCCGAAGGCGCAAGCAGCCUUUGAACGCUACUCACUUGCGUUCUUCACGCGUCCGCAUGACUCCGUCGUCCUGCGCCCACUGAUCGCUGAGAGCGUAGUAGUAGCACAGGCCAUCGCAGAGAGACACCAGGAUGGAACAGCCGCAACACAGGAAAAGGGGACGGCAGGCGAAUGGCUCUUGCGGAGGCUCAAAAACUUGCGGACGGCGCACUAUCAUGGCGCAGAGAGUUAUCGCAAACACCUUGGAACAGAGGAUUAUGGUCGUAUUGUCCAGACUCAGACCAUUGGCGAGAUGUAA